GGCAAACAUUUAAAAAUGACCUUCGAAUGGAUACAAGGAUUGAGAAAAUAUCAAUUCGGUUUUAUCAAUAAUCACAUAUUAUGCAUGAAAUGUGGUCCAGUGAUAAAGUUUCAUAAUAUUUUAUCAAAUGAAACUGAGAUAUUUGAUUUACCGACAAAAAAUCAAACUGAUUUAUCAAUACAUCCAUUAGAAUCUUAUUAUACUAUAACAGAGAUUAACAACGUGAACCCAAAAGUAUAUCUAUACAACUAUCCACAAAAGGAUGCAAAGAUUCUAAAAGGUGGUGGGAAGUUAGAAAUUCAACGGUCCAUUUUCUCAUAUACCACAUAUUAUGCUACAGUUUCUGGUGUGCCAGACUUUGUUUUAUCAAUAUGGGAUUUUUAUACCGGUGAAUUGAUUUGCAAAACUAAUUUAAAUGGAACUCACUUAACAACAUUCAGUUUUUGCCCUACUGAUUGGCAUUAUUUAGUUGGUACAGAUCGUCGUUGUAUAUAUAUUUGGCAGAUUGAAGUAUGCAGUCAGAUGAAUUUGAUUUGGUGCAAUUCUAUACUGCUACCGGAAUGCUCUGUAAGUCUUGGACUAUAUGAUGGAUUAACUGAAAUCAUAACCCAUGAAGAUGAUACAUGUAUACAAUAUGAGACAAGAUUUGAUCCUAAACUUCCAGAAUCAUCAAUAACAGGAUUAAAUGAGAAGGCGAAAGAAGAAUUUGAUUAUUAUAUGGAUAAAUCUGUUCGAGUAAAUUGUAUUUCACAAACUUGGACAAAUUCAGAAUUGGUUUUUAUUGGUUGUGAAUCAGGUCAGCUGUUAUUGCUUGAUCCAAUCAAUAUGAAUCUGAAGAUUUUACGAAAUCCAUUUGCUAACUCUCAUCGUUGUAAAGAAACCUUGGAAGGUUUCACUGGAAAAUAUGUCAGUGAUUGUGAUUCUGAUUCAACAGAUAAAUCAAAUGAGAAAGUGAUCAAUAUACCAGCUGGAUGUUUAACCUAUUUACUAUAUACAAAGCAUGGUCUACUAGCUGGUGGUUGUGAUGGUAUUCUACGAUUGAUAGGUUUAAAUAAGUUGACAACUGCCAACAAAAUGAAUCCUACUAUAAAACAAGAUGAUAAUCAAUUUUCUACCAGAUUCAAUAAGGCAUCAUUAAUGAAAAUCAAUGAAAACUUAUUAAAUACUGAAGUUGUUGAUUGUAUAGAAUUGUAUACACUUGAAAAUCCAGUGCAAAAAGAUGAUGACUAUAAUUGGGCUACAAAUAUUACAGGCUUGUGUGUGUCAAAGUCUUAUGGACGAAUAGCGGUCAGUUGUAGGCUUGGUCAAUUGUUGUUAUUCACUCUGAACGAGGCAACAGAGCCAAAUCUCACACUCGAGUUACGGAUACUAACGAAUUGUGAUCGCUAUGUGGGAAUGGGAUUGGUCACAGUUGAGAAAAGAAUAUGGUGUAUUACUGCAAGAAAUACUGGCAUAUUAAAUUGUUGGGAAUGUAAAACAGGCGAAUUGAUGGGAUCAUUAUUUCUCAAUGACAGAUGUCACUGUCUGGCAGUCUCACCAGUCUUACCUUUGGUAGUUGCUGGGAUGAAUACUGGUACAGUAAUAUUUAUCGACUGCACAAGUCCUACUUCACCAAGAAUUGUUAAGGUUAUUCGCCUUUAUCGAAAACCUUUAACACAUAUCAGCUUUGAUCCUGAUGGGGAAUUCCUAAUCACAGCAGUGGAUGACGGACCGAGUAUCCUAAUAUCAGCUCUACCUACUAAAUCAUUUGAACCAAUUGGCCAUGUGUCAUUCACUGGAAAAAUGCACAAUUUGAGCGUAAUUCGAUCAAAAGAUUCUCAGAAGGUUUUUAUUCUGCUUGCUGUUAGUAAAGAAACUAAUAAAACUGCGGAGGCUGUAUACCAUUAUGAAUUUUCAAGCGAUAUCGGAAGCAAUCCUGAAAAAUAUUAUCUGGAUGAUUGUCGAAGACUAAAAGAAGAUGUUAUCAAGCUUCUUAAAGUGGAUUUUGAUAGUCCAAAAGUUGGUGUUUGCUUCUGGUUAUCAAGUGACAGGGAUGGGUCGAAUCACCCAUUACUGAUUGCUGCUGAUUUUCAAAAUCAUACGCUUGAAUUAUUCAAUGUGACUGAAGCAAAACAGCAACACUUAUCAUCCAUGAACUCAGUAUCGAGUCACAACAUUCUGAAUGAAUCACAAAAUAUUAAAUUUACUAGAGUGCCCGGUACAAAUUUACUACUAGCCUAUUCGUUAGAUGGUUCAGUGCAAAUUAUAAGCAUCAAUUCAACUGUUUCACUUCAAUAUUCAAUGAAUAUUCAUGAAAGUAAUUCAGAUGGGAUAGUAGCUGCAGAAUUUUGUGAAGAUUUAAAUAAUUUGAUUACAUGUGGCAGUGAUGGUUUGUUGACUAAAGUUAAAAUAAGUGAAAAUAUACAUACCCAGUUCAAAGUUCAAACUUAUCUAACCUUAAGAUCACCACCCCUAGAACAAUUAACUGCACUUAAAGAAAUCGCAGAUUAUAAGGUAAUAAAACGGCAGACAACUUCAAAUACUAAUGAUUCAGUAAAUGGUAAUACGUCACCUCAAAUGAUUCUUCGAUCGAAUACUUUAAUGUCACUACCAGAACAUUCAAUUUUAAGGGAUGAUAUGAGUGAAAACGAAUCACAGAUUCUCCCAAUUUAUACAAAUAACAUUGAUGCAAGUGCUAGUACUUGGAUAGAACUUCGUCAAAUGGAUGUAGAAGCUUCUGGAGAUUUAAUCUAUCAAGAUACUAAAAUGCAUAUUCUUAAUCAGUUGGAUGAAAUAAGGAAAACAAUAAGUGUUAUGGUCACUGAAAACGACAGCCUUCCUGAAAUCCAACGUAUUGGGAGGUUAGAAUUUGAGUUGGAUUUUGAAGAACAAAACGUCAUAUUGGAUGAAACAAAAGAAACUGUCAAACAGUUACGGGAAGAAAUAUCCUUAGCUGAUUUGGCGAAACAGUUUAUCUGGCAAGCCAUCAAAACUCAAUGUUGGGAUGAAAUGUCUGUUAAGGGAAGAAGUUUGAAAGCAUUCAAUUUACCAAUUAAAGUUUCCAAUUAUCCACUGAAACAACUAACAGAUAACGAAAAAAAGUUAUUAAAUACUGUUACAGCCAGAUUGAAAAUUAUUAAAGCUGUAGAAGAAGAGAGAGAAACACUAUCUGUACAUUUGUUUCGCAACACGAUGAAAAAAACAAACCUAGAACAAAAGGAAGAAGUCGAUGAAGAAGAAGAACAAGAACAAUCAAUAAAUCGAAUACUUUCUGGAAGCACUGCUAAAGAAUAUGGUGGAUCAAUUGAACAAGGUUAUAAUCAGAUGGAAAUUUACACACGAAUGCAAAAAAUUUAUCAGAUUGUUCUGAUUAAAAAUGCAGUUUAUCAUAUGAAAGAAUGCUUUAAUAAAGAAUUCAAUGAAAUCUAUGCCAAAAAAUCAGAUCAAUUAGCUCAAAUUCAAACUAAACUGACUAGAAUACGUAAAAUUCAUGCAGAUCUACAACAACCUCAUCUACUCAAAAAUCUUAUUGAUCCUAAAUUUGAUGAAGAUGAAGAACCAGAACAAUUGUUUACUAUCACAGAUGCUGAGAUAACAGUUGAAAAAUAUUUAUCACCGGAACAGUUAGCUGAAAUUGAAGUUAAACGAUCAGCUGAAGAAGAAAGACGCAGACGAGAGAAAUUGGACAAUUGGCGUGAAAGAGGUUUAGAAGAAAUGAUGGACGGUGUAUUAGAGAUUAAAAAAGAAGAUGAACUCAAAAAGGAUAUACCUAAACCAGCUUUCCUACUAACUGGUAAACCAUUAACACAUUGGACAGAGGAUGAUAAACGUAUGUAUGCUGAAUAUGAACGUAAAGUUAAAGAGUUAAAUGAAGAAAGAGAAAAAUACAGAAAGUUUUUGGAGGGUGAUUUAAAGAAAAUUUGUAGUCAGAUUGAUGAAAUUAAAACAAAAUUCGACGAACAAUUAACUUCAUUAUUUAAUAAAUGGCUUCAUGUUCAAACAGCUAUAUUACAAGAGGAAUUAAAAAUAUGGAGACUAAAGUGGAUGUUACUUACGGAAGAAGAAUUAAUUACUAGAGAAUAUGAAUUAAAAGAAUCCAUUGAAGAAUUACAAAAACAAGAAAUACAAGUUACAGAAAAUUUAGAAGCAGCCAAACUUAUAUCUGAACAAGUUCAAGAAGAAUAUGAAACUUUCUGCGCUGAUGAUAAAUUAAUGGAGAAAAAUCUUCGAAAAGAAUUCUCUGAUGUACAUGGGCCCUUGUAUGAUUUUAUUAUAAAAGCUUAUAAAAAGCGUCCCAAGUAUACUGUUUUAGUGCAAUCAGGUAAACAAUUCGAUCGCAUUAAACAAGAUACGCAAUACUCUACACAAUAUAAUCCGUAUGCUGAAAAGAUAUGGCAGUCAUCUCGGUCAACAAAGCAAACUGGUGCACUGGAAGAAAGUCUUGAGGAAUUAGAUAAUGAUCCUUCACGAGAACAACAACUUGGAUGUGAUAACGUUGUGUGGAGCAGAUUGUGCGCAGCAAGACGUCGUAAGAUUUACAAAGAGAUGGAGAUUAAAAUGGCUGCUCAGAAACUAAAUGAUGUCUCAGCUUUCAUUCGUAAACGUGAAAUUGACUUACAAUCAGUGAAUAAACUAUUGGAAACACGAAAACAGCAAUUAACUAGUUUAAUUGAAGAUUAUCAUCGUGAUCAAACAGACUUAGAAUUACAAUUGUUAAUUAAACAAGGUUUUGUUGAAGUGAACAUCAAUCAGUUAACAUUACUUCAUGAUUAUAAUGAUGCUUUGUUAGUGCAAAGAGAACAAGUUGAAGAAUUAAAUCAACAGAUAAUCACCUUAGGUGAAUCUAAAGUUUCACAUAUGAUUAAAAAUAAAGAAUUUAAAAAAAGAUUUUAUCAUCUUGAAUGGGAACUGCGUGAAAUGUUAAUGCAUUAUGAAGACUUACAAAGUAAACUGUGUGAUAUACGAAGAUUUAAAAUUACAAGUGAAAUACAAAAAUAUCUUCAUUCCAAUGAUUAUGAUGCCCUAAUUAGUGCACAAAUUACAAAUACCGAGCGUACAAUUCAAGUUUUACGAGAAAAUCAUGAAAAAGCAAUGGCUCAAAAACUUGCUCGUCUACGAAGGUAUAAUAUACAGCAAAGUGAAAAGCUUAAAAAAGAUAAUGAGCAAGCUAGAAAAGAUAUUGAAGAAUUCAAUAUUAUCUUACAUGAAACGAAAUUUAUACAUGAACAAAGUAAUGGAAAAAAUGAUGAUUUCAGUAAUCCACAACUUCGACAUAAACUACUACUUCAACAUCAAAAUAUUUUAAGAAAAAUAAAAGAUCAAGCUAAAGAAUUGAAAAUGUUACGAUCUGAAUUGGCGCUUUUACGUCAACAAAAAGUCAACGUAUUUUAGUAUACUUCACUAAUUAUUAUUUGCAUAGUAUAAACAGUUUAGAAAUGCUUAAAGAAAUACUUCAUCAAAUAUAUUGCCUAUGUAUCAGCUU